UGAGUACUGGGGGGCGAGGCUGUAGGACUGGGGAGGGCCGGCGCAUGGAGGACCACCGGCAGAGUCUGUUCCACAGCCACCGCAGCUCGGGGGCCCAAGGCAGGCCAGACUGGGGACAGGCCAGGGACGCCGUGGGGGUGCAGGGCGCAGUGACCAAGGACACCGCACACCUGGAUGAGGACGAACUGAGAUUUGAAGACCAAGAAGAGGAGACCCUCCCAGAGGAGGUGACCGGGGAAGAACUGCCUGGCCCCGGGGCCCCCGAGGAGGCCCUUGAGCAGCUGGAGAGGGUUCUGGAGAAAAAUGCGGAGGAGGGCAUCCCUGAGAUGAGCCGGCUGUCCAUCUCCCAGCGGCUCCCCAGCGCCUCCUCAGCCAGGAGCAGGAAGAGGAGGAGGGCCUUUGAGUUGGCAAAGCCCAAGACCAACUGGCAAGUCUUGAGAGACAGGAUGGGGUGCUGCUGUCAGGGCUAUGCCUGGGUGACCCCGUGCCAGAGGAACUUGAAGUUCUGUGUCUACUGGCCUUCUGUGUACUGGACAGAGAGGUUUCUUGAAGAUACCACCCUCACUAUCACAGUGCCAGCGGUGACCCACCGAGUGGAGGAACUAGCUCGACCUAAAAGGUUCUACUCGGAGUAUUUCAACAACGACAGGACCACCGGCGUCUGGCCCAUUCCUCGACGGACUCUGGAAUACCAAGCUUCUAACCGCCUGAGGGAACUGGCUGCCCCGAGGAGCCGGCAUAACAUUUGGAGCAUAAACAUGUGUGAGUAUCUGUUUUCUAGAACAGUGCAUGGGGCUUAUACAGAAACACUAUUUCACCUGUGGGAUUGCACCCUACCACACAAGUGCAGCACGACCGACCCCCAGUCCCCUACUGACAGGGCACCUGCUUGCUUCCAGCUGUUUGCCAGAGUCUUCAAGCCACGGUGUCCCGAGUAUCGAAGGCAGCCCAGAGGGCCAUCCCCAGCACAAGGAUCCUACAGCUGGCAAAGCCCAGGGCCCCCGCCACCCUGUUGGAAGAGUGGGACCCCAUGCCAAAACCCAAGCCACACGUGUCAGACUAUAAUCGCCUCCUUCUUUUGGCCAUGCCUAAGGCCCAGUCAGACCAGUGUGUUCCUGACCGAGAUCCGCGCUGGGAGGUGCUGGACGUCACCAAGAAGGCGGUGGCCAGUCCCCGGACCAUCUCCCUGGCCAAGCCGAAAAUGCGCAAAGACCUCAACGAGGGCUACGACCCCUACCGCAUUUCUCCCGCGUCCUUGGUGGCUCGGGCAUCCCCUCGCUUGUACGAGCUAGCUACCCCCAAGAGCGUUACCAAAAAAGUGUGAGCAACCCAGGCCAGGCCUCUGAGAUCCCAUUCCCAGUAAACACCCAAGUGCACCCUAACCCUGUGUGUUGUUGGCUCUGAGUGUUUUGGCCUGAAGGCAGGAGGGCAGAUUGGUUGGCCCAAUCGAGGUUGAGACAGAAAAUAACGUUUAUGCUUGCAUUCAGUCUGCGGUUUGUAUGGCCCUGCUAUUUUCCAGAUCGCUCUCUCCUGUCCUCUGCAGCUUCUUGGCUGCCCAUUUCCCUCCCUCAUUUCCUCCGAAUCUCCUGGGUGUCCACAUACACCUCCAACUCACAUGCUGGUGUCCACAUGCACCUGACCACCAUAAUAAAAUCAGUUGAUGCCUA